AUGACUACCGACCAGAUCAAUCGCCCUUCCUCGCGAGAUUCUCCAGUACCCCAGGGAGCCCAAAGAGAUCAAGAAGGUCACUAUGUUGGCUCUUCGAGCGCAGCUUCGUUUCUCAUCCGUAUUCAGAAGCGUCUGCACACGAAUUCUUCCUUGUCGCAUGACUCUACCAUCUUCACCUUUGGCGACGCUCCUCUCCCUGAGUUUGAUCUUUCCAUCUUCGUCCCACCACCGAAGCCUGAUGCGCAGAGGCUAGUGGAGCGAUACUUCGACUAUGCGGCACCGACUCAUCGCUUUCUUCAUCGACCAACGAUUGAGCAGCUCGUCGAGGAGUUCUAUGACACCCAAGGCGAGAUGAGAAGUAAAGAAGAUGGCAAAGCAAAAGUUGCAUUGUUGAUGGUUGUCUUUGCGCAAGCACAAGCCGCUCGAUACUUCCGCGCAGCCGAAGCGCAACUAUUGCAAGAACGUGGCGCCGUGAGACUAGCGAGCGUUCAGGCACGACUGCUGCAAUGUUUCUACCUCCUGACACAAUCCCGUAUCAACCACUGCUGGAGUCUCUUCGGCGAGCUCUCGCAUCUCGCCUUCGCUAUCGGCCUGAAUCGUGGAAGGAAAUGCGAUCCCUCAACAAAGGUGGACUAUGUAGAGAUCGAGAGCCGAAGACGCCUGUUUUGGGUGGCAUACUCACUGGACAAGUAUCUCGCGGCUGCUCUAGGCCGACCACGGACUUUUAAAGACGAGGAUAUCGAUCAAGAGCUUCCUACCAUCGUCAACGACAACGAUCUCCAACCGAACUACAUCAACCUACCCUCGCGACUUACUUAUUCCUUGAUGACAGCCCCAGUUGAGCACAUCAAACUGACACGCAUCGUGUCUCUCGUGCUGCGAGAUCUUUACUCAAUCCGUCCGCCCAGCCUAGCUUUGCGCAUCGAGCUGUCUUCGAAGUACACAUCGGAACUGCACGCGUGGAAGAAUUCGCUGUCAGGAUUCCUCUCCGGUUCGACCUCGAUAGAUCGCAUCGAUAACCAGUUGCUCAUACCAGUCUACCAGCGGCAGCGUUCGGUGCUCAAUCUGGCGUACCACCAUGCGCUGUUGCUUAUCCACCGACCCUUCUUACUGCGAGACUUCGCGAGCUUGACACAUAUGGGCACCCAUCCCAACUGGAGCGCCGGACUCAGCACAACGUAUGACGCAUCGGCGAACAUCACCGCUUGCCUCGAAGCUGCCAUGUCUAUUGUACGUUCGGUAGAUGACGUGUUCAAGGCGUCUAACCUCUUCCGCUCUUUCUGGUUCACCCAGUACUACGCUUUCUGUGCGGUGGUAGUGCUGUACAUCCAUCGCAUUCAGCAAGGCCUGGGUGUGAAGACCAAAGUAGAGUGCGAGGGAUAUUUCGAAGCUGGUGUCAAAUGUCAGAGACAACUGGAGACAGUCAGUGAUACCGACUGCCUCGCACAUCGUUAUUGUGUCGUAUUGGAAGAGCUUAGGACCGAGGCAGUACGCCAGUCAGGCAGACUAUCGACACCAGUAGCCGACAAUGCCAGCUUCCAGGACACAUCGCUCCUCUCAUUACCAAUGUCGACGCCCAACCCCGAUUCCGUCGCGCCUGCGGCGAAUCUUCCACCUCUGAUGUACAGCAGCAACAACAGUAACAUCGACAUCUCCGACAGCGCAGCAGUAUUCAAUAACACUAAUAACAACGCGACUAACCCAACGUUCUCGUUCGAUCUACUCGACUGGUCCGACUUCGCUAGCUGGGGACAGUUCGAGGGCCUUGUAACGGCCGGCAAUGGCUCCUUCGAUCCUGUAACGCAGAGUGAAAACGACUUCUGGUUCGGGUCUUGA